AUGGCCGGUACCCUGGGACUCAUAUAUGCUACAGCCAUCCCCUACAUGACCUUCGCAUAUGAUCAGCACUGCUAUUUCCGGCCUGGCUACCUCUUCUGCCUGGCCAUUUUGACCGUCGGCAGGAUCACCGCGAUGUUUGCUCAGCGGUCGGAUGAGUCCGAUAAUGCCAACCACUUCCGCCGAGACUGCGUCUGGCUCGGGCUCUUGGUAUUAGCGCCAGCAAUUCAUGCCCUGUGCCAGUCUCGCGGAAACCCUCCGUCACUGGCCAUUGAUCUUAUACGGUUCGCGGGAUGGAACGUGUUAGGAGCUCUCUGCUAUCUCGCCAGAGUCCCCGAGAGAGUCGGCAUGGUGGGAAACUUGCGGCCAAGCCUCUACAUGAUGCAUCUCCUCCUCGUCCUCAACAAUAUCUCAUAUGGUCGAGACAUCUGGAACUUCAUAGUUUAG